AUGCUUUUGGACGACAUGAUGAUGGAGGGCAGGAAGGGGUUGAUGGAGAGGGAGAGGGAGAGGGAUCAGUUCCCCGUCGGCAUGCGGGUCCUCGCCGUCGAUGACGACCCCGUGUGCCUCAAGGUUCUGGAGGUCCUCCUCCGGCGCUGCCAGUAUCAUGUAACAACCACCAACCAGGCUGCUACUGCACUGAGGCUGUUAAGGGAGAACAAGAACAUGUUUGAUCUGGUGAUCAGCGACGUCCACAUGUCCGACAUGGACGGCUUCAAGCUCCUCGAGCUCGUGGGGCUUGAAAUGGACCUCCCCGUCAUCAUGUUAUCGGUGAACGGAGAGACUAAAUCUGUGCUCAAGGGGAUAACUCAUGGUGCCUGUGACUAUCUCCUAAAACCGGUUCGCAUCGAAGAGCUCCGGAACGUGUGGCAGCACGUUGUGAGGAGAAAAUUCAGCAACCGUGAGCCGAACAAUCUUGAUUUCUGCAAGGAGAUCAGUAGGGACUCGUACCACCGGCUCGGCCAGGCGACCUGUGACAGGUCGUCUGACCAGAGCAACAGGGCCAGCAAGAAGAGGAAGGAACUGCACAACGAGGAGGAAGACGAAGGCGAGGACAACGACAACGCCGCGGCCUCGAAGAAGCCGAGGGUGGUGUGGUCAGUGGAGCUGCACCGGAAGUUCGUCGCUGCCGUCAACCAGCUCGGGAUCGACAAGGCUGUACCUAAAAGAGUACUCGAGCUUAUGAACGUCGAGAAGCUCACCAGGGAAAAUGUCGCGAGUCAUCUGCAGAAGUACAGGCUAUACCUCAGACGGCUAAGUGCUGUGGCAUCACAACAAGCCAGCAUUGCCGCUGCCUUUGGAGGCAGAGACCCCUUUAUGCACAUGGGAGCAUAUGAAGGACUUCAUAGUUAUCAUCAACCCUUUGCCCCUUCUGCUGCUCCUCCAUCUUUUAAUCCACAUGGACUGGUGAGUGGUGCUGGUGCAGCAGCAUUUGGGCUUCAGGACCUUGCUUCUCCCAAGGGAAUUCACUGUGCUGGCAACAAUGGCGAAGUAAGCCACUGCGCUGGCGACACAAAUAAGUUUCACAUUGUGAGCUUACAAGACAAUCAACACGCAGAUCUAACGCAAGGCUUGACCGCAUCGUCGCUUGGGCAGCCCCGGCUCCAGCAGGAGUGGAUCCAUCAAGAAACCAGUGAUCUGUGCUCUGUCUUUUCCGGGGGUGCUCUGGCCAACACUAUGCCUGGCACAUUCCAGAGAAUUACAGGCAGUUCACUGCCACCAGAAGAUCUUUUGGAGUGCACUCCACAUGUCAAAGUUGGAGCCCAUCCAUCAAUAGGAAUACAAACUGCGAGUUCAGGAUUGCUUGAAAGGUCUCAGCAGGGUGCUCUUCCAAUUGGUGAUGGAUUUUCUGUUGACAAGUUACCGUUGCACAUCUCGUUCCACGGCGCUGUCGCGACAAAGCUGGAUGCUAGCUUUGUCGCUGAAGAACAAGGGAUGGACCAAAAGGGGAUAUUUUCAGAAAGAAUGACUGUUGGUGCUUGCCCUUCUGAGAGCCUCAUAGCAGCCAGCAGUGGCAGGUGUGGAGCUAGUUCUUCUGGUAGUACAAUGCUGCUCCCUCCUCAUGAUACCGACAGACAUUCGAAAUACUUGCAGUUUGGAGUUGCAAGCAACUCUAGACAUAGAAUGAAUGGCACGAGACAAGACCAAAGACUGAACAAUGGAGAUUUUAGCUAUGAUGGUGCUAUUGUGCCUGAACAGACUGAUGUGUAUGAUUUUGGAAUUUCAAAGCUGCAGGGUCAGGGUGCGUUAAAUAAUAGCAGCUGCAACUUUGACGGCCUACUCAAUUCCAUAAUAAAAGUGGUAAGAACCUCAAUUAUGCUUUAA